GUCUUUCUCGCUUCGUGUGGAAAGUUCACUGGUCCGGGUGCAAACUUUCAGGCAGCCGUCUGCAGACGGAAGACGGACUCUAUAACUGGACAGAAAUCGGGUCCCCAGCGCUCAUUACACACGGAUCGAAGUGGCGCUUACGGUCUGUCGGUCGAAACGAGUUCAGUUACGAGAUCUUAACCUCGAAGGGCUGUCGUGUUCAUUUAAAGCUUUGUUUCGUGUUCUGCUCGCGGUGGAAUCAUGGCCUGUGCGCCGAACCGGGCGCGCCUUCUGUGCAUGCUGUCGCUCACCUUCGGCUUUUUCAUCGUGGAGGUGGUGGUGAGCCGGGUCACGUCUUCUUUAGCGAUGCUGUCGGACUCCUUUCAUAUGCUGUCGGACGUGAUCGCGCUGAUCGUGGCUCUGGUCGCGGUGCGUUUCGCGGAGAAGACCCAGUCCACACACAAAAACACGUUCGGCUGGAUCCGGGCCGAGGUGAUGGGCGCGCUGGUCAACGCCGUGUUCCUCACCGCGCUCUGCUUCACCAUCAUCCUGGAGGCCAUCGAGCGCUUCACGGAGCCUAAGGAGAUCGAGCAGCCCUUGGUGGUGAUCACGGUGGGGGUUCUGGGGCUGCUGGUCAACCUGCUCGGGCUCUGUCUCUUUCACGGACACGCCGGAGGCGGAGGACACGGACAUUCCCACGGAGAACGCAAGAACGGGAAGGUUCGCCGGUGUGAGACGCUGGAGGACGGUCGGUCCGCGGCCGAGGAGACCAAUAAUCUGGUCGGGGAUAACAACAGCCCAAAUAGUGUUAAUCACGACAAGAAAAAAGCCGAUAAAUCAGAGAUGUGUCCCAGUGACAGCCUGGAUUUGCAGAUUAACAGCAGCGAUCCGUACGAAGAGCUUGACAAUGGACAAGACUCGGCAUCCCAGCUCAACAUGCGGGGGGUUUUCCUGCACGUCCUGGGCGACGCUCUCGGCUCAGUCAUCGUGGUGAUCAACGCCACCAUCUUCACCUUCGUAUGGAAGCCAUGCCCCCCGGGCAUUACCUGUGAGAACCCUUGUGUAGACCAACUAUGCGCAGGCCCUAUACUCAAUAGCAGCAGUGCAGCAUCCAACACCCCCUUACAUGUAGCGGGACCCUGCUGGGUAUUGUAUCUCGACCCCACCCUCUGCAUCAUUAUGGUCUUCAUCCUUCUCUACACCACAUACCCAUUGUUGAAGGAGUCUGCACUUAUCCUGCUACAGACCGUACCCAAGCAAAUCGACAUGCAUCAGCUCAAAGCUCGCCUGCAGGAUCUGGAGGGUGUGCUGGCGGUGCACGAGCUGCACAUCUGGCUGCUAGCAGGCAGUCGCAUCAUUGCCACCGCGCACAUUAAAUGCCAAGACCCCACGUCCUACAUGGACGUAGCCAAGCGCAUCAAGGACUUUUUCCACAAUGAGGGCAUCCACGCUACAACCAUUCAACCGGAAUUCGUAUCGAUGAACUCGGAGUCUCGCAUUUCACUCUGCGAGCUCUCCUGUAGAACGCAGUGCGCCCCGAAGCUCUGCUGUGGAUCCGCCGAUGCUGCAAAGCCUCCUGAUGGAGCCGCAGAACCGAAGAAACCAUGUGAAGCUAUAACCCCAACGGUAACCAGUACUACAUCUGCUGCAUCUCUGGAGAUCAUCAGUGAGUCUGUGGAGGAAACAAGCAGGCCAGAAUCCGUUAGGGGUGUGGAAUCGUCAUUGUAAUUGGGGAGCAGGUUCGGUUCUGUUCUCUUAAGGGCGCUGAUGUAUAUUGGCUCAGCUGACUGAUUUCUGCAAUGCUGGGAGAAGAACUGAGCCCUAAUGCACUCAUGAUAACACACACACAUAUAUAUACAUAACGAUACCACUCCAACAUAAAGACAAUAUAAUAGGCUGGAGACCUAGGCUGGCCUCCUCUUUUCAUGUAUCCUCUCCUCUGUCUGUGCCAAAGCUUCUUUUCAUACAGGACACCAGACACUUGCGUCUUUCCUGUGGAUUGUAACGCAACGACAUGCAAUUUUAAUGUUCAGCUGCUGGACCAAGUAGAAAUUUCUGGACCAGUUUUUUUUUCAUCCUUCAUACUAGUUUUUUUUUUUUUAACUUUCAGUCUUGUGACAACUGUAUUAAUUUACGUAUUUAAGUUAUUGUGAAUUUUUUUCAAAAAGCUUUUUGUGAGAUUUACAUUUGGUGAUAUUAGAGAUUAAAAAAAAAAAGAAUUUUUGCCUUUCACAACCAAUGAUCUGUACGUUAAUCAAGUAUUUUUUUAGAUGAUGUUUUUCAAAGAUUGCUAUUCAGUCUUUCACUUUUUUUGUUUAGAAAAUCGUUUUUAUUAGACAUCAGAAGACCUGUGGACCAUAUUUCAUGCCUAGAAUUCAAACUGUUGUGUUAUAGUGCUGAAUCUAGUCAGGGUAGGAACAAGACAAACCUUCUUAUAUUGGUAUUUAUAAAAACUGAUGCCUCGUUUAUUUUAUUGCUGUCAAUCAAAACAAGAGGUGAAAAUGCUGUGUUUUUUAAUUUUAUUUUUUUAUGUGGGACUUCUGGAUGGUGAUAUUUUUUUGUCCAUGCUGUCAUAAAAAUGAAGGGACCUCCUUAGAUUUGUGGAAACCAUUAAUUUGUGCAUGACCAAAUAUACAUAAGAUUAUAUGGAAAGCUUUGAGAAACCAAACAAAAUUUGUAAACCAAAAGACAAGGGAGUACAUACAUUUAGUCGCACAUCUUCUCAGUGGCCUUCAGUAUGAAAAAAGCAUCUACUAUCAGCUCUUCACAACAAUAUUUAUAUCUGCAAACUUUAGCAUUUAGUGAAAAUAUGCCAUUUAUGGGGAAAAAAAGAAGUACUAGUCUUUAUUAUUAGUUGUUGUGAAUUUCUCCUGAGGGAGUGUUUGUAUCACUGAAUAUUAUAAAUUACUAUGCCAUCUGAAAUGUUUUUGAUAUAUUACUGUCAAAUGUGUCAUUGUGAAUUAAAGAUACUUGUUUGGUAUUGUUUGA